CAACCAAACGGAGCAUUCCUCGUGGCGAUGCCCUUCUUCCAUCAUCAUCUUCAUCACAGUGGAUGAACAAGUGGAGAAAGCCUUUAUUGUUUGUUAUAGGCGGGUUGGUUGAAGUCUCCAUUACCUGGAGCAGCGUUUUUGGAACAGCGGAAUCUAGUGUAACGAGUUUUUUUUAUUUUUUAUUUUGGAGUCUUCAACGUCAGCCAGCUAAACCGUCUAGCCUCAGUUAAACCUGCACUUUUUUGUGUAUUAUGGCCGACAACGGGGCGCACCAUGCCGAAGAGGACCCUGCGGCCGCUUUCCUGGCCCAACAGGAAAGUGAGAUAGCGGGGAUCGAGAACGACGGCGAGGGUUUUGGGGCGCUGGAAGGAGCGGACGAGGUGCAGCCUUCCCAGAUGGCCAACUACGACGAGCCUGCAACGCUGAAUGGAGACUUGUUCCAGGAGUCUAAUGGCCCAACAGACAGCUAUGCAGCCAUCGCCCAUGUGGACAUCCAGAGGCAGGAACCAGAAAGUUUGCGCAAGUGGAGGGAGGAGCAGAAGACUCGCCUCGAAGCAUUAGACUCGGCUUCCAAGGCAGCAGAGGCAGAGUGGAGGGAGAAAGCCAAGAAGGAGCUGGAGGACUGGCACGUACACCAGAACGAGCAGAUGGAGAAGAACAAGGCCAACAACAGGAUUGCUGACAAGGCUUUCUACAAACAGCCCAACUCUGAUGUUAUAGGCUUUGUAGCAUCCGAGGAGGCCUUCCUGGCAGAGAGCGACAGCGACAGUCCAGGAUCCGAAUGGGAGCGAGUGGCUCGCCUGUGUGACUUCAAUCCCAAAACCAGCAAGCAGGCGAAGGAUGUUUCCCGAAUGCGCUCGGUUCUCAUCUCUCUAAAACAGACACCUUUAGUCCGCUAACAGUGUUUCAGGGAAUGGUCUUAAUAAUAUUGCCUUUUCAGUUUUAACGACACUUUUUUUCCAUAAGAAUUCUUGACAUGUUUAACCUUUUAAAAACUUCCUGCCUUUCUUGAUGCCUAUAUAUUGAUUUACUUUACCCGAGGCUCCUGACGGAUUGCUCUGUUACCUUUCUGGCGUGUCUGCUUUAAAGUCACUGUACUGAAGAAAAUACUGUUACUGCAAGUUGUUUUAUUUUCUCCUCUAUCUUAUUUUAGGUCAAAUUUAUUGUUUCUAGCAACAUUUUUGAACGCCCAGUUUUUAUUUGUUCUUUAAAUUACCAUUUUGGUCAAACACUUAACUGAAUGCGAACUAGAUUGUAUCCAUCUAUGCCUCUCAUCAGUUUAUAACCAUAAAACAUAAUUGCUCCCGUUAUUUUGCAUGAAUUAUUAAGGUUUUAGGUAGCGAACAUGUUUCUUUUUUUCACAAAUAAGCUUGUGGCCUUUCUGAUCUCGCUUUUACUCCCUUUAGAGUAUUAAGCCAGAUAGUUUUCUCAUCAAUCGGGCAAAUUUGUUUGCAAAAUAAAAUAAAAGUUAAAGACUCAACCAAAGACUUCUGCUACCGUCUGAAUUGAGAAAUUAAAAUUUGCACUUUGUUUUUUGUUUCACUGAUUUUUCUUUCCAUCUUCUUGGUGUUACACCAGCACAUUAAAAACGUUUUAAAUACAGAUAUUCAUCUCAACAGUGAUGUCUGCACAUUGUUCACACGUUGCCUAUUUGGACAUAAUGGAUAUUAAAACGCUGAAUGUUUAAAGAGACGUGGAAAAUAGAAACGGUGGAAUUUUCAGAUCACUUCAUUUAACUUUAAAUAUUUCCCUGCUGAGCUUGUUGCCAUUUCAUAAAGCUUGGAGAUGAUCACAUGAAUAAACUUGUGUGUUGCCCUGUU